UUUGCUGGUCUUAACUCUGCAGAAACCUCACCGAACACAUCACCGAAUCGCGCGCAAUCAAAAUCCACCAAAGGAGCUGAAAACAUUUCAGAAUUAUGUGAACCGCGUGCAACAUCAUCUCAGUUCGCACAGUUGAUUCGACAUUGUGCGAAACUGCCACCUCGAGGACAUAUUCUUCGUUUUGCAACAGCUCGAAGACCUUCAAUCCUCUCAUCCACAGAUCUUGACGGUAAUCAUCACACAUUUCCACUUUCCCAUACUUAUCAUGCAUCACCAUUCUUGUUUAAUAAAGUGCAAAAAGCUGCAUUGUUGAUUCGAUCAAUUGCAGGUGAUCAGGAUGAGGUAGCGCAUCGUCGCGUAGUUGUAAUUGGUCCGGAUGCAGAGGGUACCAAUCAUGGAUUCGAGGCCGCCUCUGUGGAUAUCGCCGCCUGUCUCAAGGUUAUCGCUGCACCGUCGUCGUUUGGUGCAGCCGCAAUCGCUCGCGCGAUUGUUCUUAGGUAUUUUUUGGGGCACUUAUAUGCACCAUUGCUCAAAAUGACUCUUCCCACUUCGGCGAGCGAAGAAUUCAAAGAAGUGAGGAUUCCCGAAGUUGACGUGAACGUGGCAAAUUUCGACUCUGACAGAAAUCCGGUACGAAACUGUCGUUCCACUUGA